AUGGGUAGCUUGAGGCAGCACUUCCAGGGGUUCCUGGAGCAGAAAAACAUUGUCACCGAUGUCCUGGGGAAGCUGGAGGAGAUCUCCAGUGUCAAAAAGUACUACCUAGCUACAGGUUCCAUUGCUUUCCUGGCCCUCUAUGUCAUAUUUGGCUACGGUGCCUCCCUGCUCUGCAAUCUCAUUGGAUUCAUCUACCCAGCAUAUGCCUCCAUUAAGGCCAUCGAAAGGCCCAAUGAAGAUGACAAUACCAUCUGGCUCACCUACUGGGUGGUAUACAGCAUAUUUGGCCUGGCUGAGUUCUUCUCUGACAUGUUCUUUUUCUGGUUCCCCUUUUACUAUGCAGUAAAGUGUGUCUUUGUGCUAUGGUGUAUGCUUCCAGUGGCCUGCAACAACUCCCAGAUCCUGUACCAUUGCCUGAUCUGCCUCAUCUUCCUGAGGCACCAGGCUUCGGUGGAUAGCCUGGUGACUGACCUGAAUGGACAAGCCCAGAACACAGCAACCAAUCUGACCCGGGAAGCAACCAAGGCAGGCAUGACUUAUCUCCUGGAGAAUAAACGAAGAGGCCAAUCCUGA